CUUCUCCCACUGCAACAAUUUGCGCUGUUUGAAAAGAGAAGAAGAAGAAAAAAAAAAGUUUUUGUGGACUUUUUUUUUUCAUCUCCGGAGUGUUCAUCUCAGGACAAUCACAAGUUUAAUCCAGAGGCUCUGCAGCUCUUUGAAAUGGAUGACAUCCAGAUUGUUGAGUCCAAACCCCUGCUGGUUGACAGGGAACUGCCGGGCUUGAGAGAGGCUGUGCAGCAGCUCGUUAUCAAGGAGACUGAUGUGGAGACUCCUUAUGGAAGAAUCCACUGUACAAUGAAGGGGGUUCCCAAGGGUGACAGACCAGUCAUCCUCACCGUCCAUGACAUCGGACUGAACCACAAGAACUGCUGGGACACGCUCUUCAACCACGAGGACAUGUCAGAGAUCAUGCAGCACUUUGCUGUAUGCCAUGUUGACGCCCCGGGGCAGCAUGAGGGGGCUAACACCUUUUCCUCUGGAUACGAGUACCCUUCUAUGGAUCAACUCUCUGAGACCCUCCCACUUGUGUUGAAGCACUUUGGGCUGAAGAGUGUUUUAGGAAUGGGCAUCGGAGCCGGGGCCUACAUUCUGACCAGAUUCGCUCUGGACUACCCGAACAUGGUGGAGGGACUGAUGCUCAUCAACAUCAACCCAUGUGCUGAGGGAUGGAUGGACUGGGCUGCACACAAGAUCAGCGGCUGGACCCAUGCCAUGCCUGACAUGAUCAUCACCCACCUCUUUGGAAAGGAGGAGAUCUACCACAACCACGACCUGAUCGGAACAUACCGCCACCACAUCAUGCAUGACAUGAACCAGUUUAACCUGCAUCUCUUUGUCAAGGCCUACGAAAGUCGGAGGGAUCUGGAAAUUGAGAGGCCGAUCCCAGGAAGCAUCGCCAGAACCCUCAAGUGCCCUUCACUGCUGGUGGUUGGCGACACCUCUCCUGCUGUGGAGGCUGUGGUUGAGUGCAACACCAAGCUGGACCCAACAAAGACUACCCUGCUUAAGAUGGCUGACUGCGGAGGCAUGCCCCAGGUUGACCAGCCUGCCAAGCUGACAGAAGCUUUCAAGUACUUCGUUCAGGGCAUGGGAUACAUGCCCUCUGCCUGCAUGACCCGCCUGGUUCGCUCCCGCACCGCCUCCGGCUCCAGCGUCACCUCCUUCGAGGGCAAUCGCUCCCGCUCCCACACCAAUGAGGGAAACCGCUCCCGCUCGCACACCAACGAGGGCAGCCGCAGCCGCAGCCAUACGACCGAGAACCAGCGCGGCCGCUCACACACUGGCGGCUCCAUGGACGGCGCAGCCAACAGCAACGUGGACCAAGCUGUGCCCAAGUCCACCGAGGUGUCCUGUUAAGUGAACCUUCACUCUCCAGACACCCAAACCUCUCAUGGUCCCUUCGGCUUGUGCUGCGGUGCCUCUAACUGACACACCGCUGUGGAGAAGGACACUAAGAUAGCAUACCUGGUAUUGUAAAAAAAACGCCCAAUGGACACUCACCUUUAGACUAAUUAGCGCAGGCGAGAUGCCCCAAUUUAAAAAAUAUGAUGUCUUUUAAGUGGGAGGUCAGGGUCAACUGUAUGCCUGUUUUGUCAUUCUGGGGGACACAUAUCAGAACAGGAAAUGCUCCUGAGCUCCUCGGCAGGGUGAUUGUGUAGUUAGGGGCACCGCAGCAUCUUGGGACACCGAACGGAGAAUGUCGGAGAAAGCUGUUGGGAAGAUUACACCAGCUUGUACAUGUAUCUCUCAUAAUCUCUCAUGCAUAUAUAAAAAAAAAAAAAAAAAAAAAAAAAAAAAAGUUUUUAAUUUCCAUUCCUGCAUACUCUCAUCCCAUUUUUAUCCAUUUUUACCAUAUUGACACAGCUUUCUCAAAUAUACCCUGACUGUAAAUGACUGUUUUCUGUUCUCACUGUAAUUGUUUGAUCAUUUAUUCUUUAUUUUCCAUGUUUGAAGUGUUGUCGUUUGUACGUAGGAGCAGAUUUGUAGAUGUGAAGAGAGCAUAUUGAGGCACUUCUUUAAUAAAAUUGGCAGUUUUUCUCACAAAUUGCUUUGUAACUUUGAAAUUUAAGGGACCAACUUCAAGUUUAUAAUGUUUAUACAGAAUAUUGUUUCACUAGGACAAUAUCUAUUAACCUUGAUUUUUUUCACAAACAUCUGUUUUUUUUUAACAAUUAUACAUCUGUUCACUGUUAACUGGAAUCACAUGAUUAUUUUGAGUACAUUCCAAUGAGGCUGUAUGCUUUGUCAUGAAUCAAAACACAAAAUUCAAAAGCUUUUGCAUUGUAUGCUUUAUUAAUGGAUCAUGGCUCAAGACAUGAAUUUUUUUCUCUUUUUUAUGAUGCUUUCUAUGCAAUCAAGCACAAUGGAACAAAGAUGUGCCAUGGAAAUGUUCUUUUUUUUAGAUGUGAUGCUCCUAUGUGGUUGUGGAUGUUUGGGUGAGUGAAGUGAUAGUCCACAUUUUUAACAUGAGGAUAGCCAUAGAACUUACCCAACACCUUCUACUCCUGUAUUUGACUUGCACUACAGCAAUGUUUUGCUUUGUAGAAAACAUACACAGCUUUGUAAAGUUGCGACAAACAACCGUCUUAUGCUCUAGGAAAGCAUUAAAAUGACAUAACAGUUUGUAUUUAUUAAAAAAAUGAUAAUAAAAAACGUGUAACCGA